UUUUUUUUUUUAUUCUUUUUCUUCUUUCUUUUAUUUUUUUAUUUUUAUUUUCUAUCUUAAAUGCAAUCUACAAUACAUAUUGCAUCUGAUCAACAAGUAGAUGUUCAUGCACCUCCUGGAACAUAUUAUACUACUGGUUAUAAUUCUGGUGGUGUUGUCAGUAGAUUGAAAACUUAUAAUGAUAAUGGUUCAAAAUAUGAUACUAUUUCUCGUAGAAGAAGAGCUUCUCAUGAUGAUAAAAACAAAGCACGGAAAUUCCUAAUUGACGUGAAGGAAACACAACGUAUCCUUGUGGAACAAGAAGAUACUGAUGGUGAUUUUCAGAUUACUGUCAAUGAUUUAGGUCCAAAGUCUUUUGCUGUUGGAACUGCUGACUCUGGUGGUUUUCGAAAAUUUGAAAUCCGCGGAACAUAUAUGUUAUCCAAUUUAUUACAAGAAUUGGCUUUGGCUGAUGAUUAUGGAAGAAAACAUAUUGUAUUAGAUGAAGCUCGUUUGAAUGAAAAUCCUGUAGAUCGAUUAUCUCGUAUGAUUAAACAUAGUUUUUGGGAUGGAUUGACUAGACGCAUUGAUGCUGAAGGUUUGGAAAUUAUUUGUAUGGAUCCAAAGAAUAGACAAGCUGAUCACAAUCCUCGUAUCUAUAUUCCUUGGGAAGAAGAAGAAGUAUAUCAAUAUUACAAGAAUGUGGCUGAAACAAGAAAACAUCUCAACUUACAAGUCGAAAGAUUACCUCAACAUAUCACUCCACAAUAUGUCAAAUCUAUUAAUGAUAGACCUGGUAUUCUUACUUUGGCUAUGGAAAAACAACAUACUUCUUCUAAUACUACUAUUCUAAGUGGUGUUCCAUUUGUUGUACCUGGUGGUCGAUUUAAUGAAAUGUAUGGUUGGGAUUCUUACUUUAUUGCUCUUGGUUUAUUGGUGGAUGGUCGUAUUCAAUUAGCAAAAAAUAUGGUGGACAACUUUGUAUAUCAAAUCAAGUACUAUGGAAAAAUACUCAAUGCAAAUCGGUCUUAUUAUUUAUCACGUUCUCAACCUCCUUUUUUGACUGACAUGGCUUUACGAGUUUAUGAAAGGUUACCUCCAGAUACUGAACAUGAUAACAAACUUUGGCUUCGUACAACUCUUCAAGCUGCUAUCAAAGAAUAUCAUACUGUUUGGAUGAGUGCUCCUAGGUUGGACGCUAAAACUCAAUUAUCUCGUUUUCGACCCGAUGGUAUUGGUAUUCCACCAGAAACGGAAGCUUCUCAUUUUGAUCAUGUGAUUGAACCCUAUGCUAUCAAGGCUGGAUUAACCAUAUUGGAAUAUAUGCAACAAUAUAACGAUGGUACCAUCAUUGAACCUAAAUUGGAUGAUUACUUUUUACAUGAUCGGGCUGUACGAGAAUCUGGACAUGAUACAACUUACCGCUACGAAAAAAGAUGUGCAAAUCUGGCAACUAUCGAUCUGAAUUCUUUAUUGUACAAGUAUGAAACUGAUAUUGCUGAAGCGAUUGAAGAUAUUCUUGAUGGUGAUUUAUUGGAUUACAAUGAUGUGAAACAAUAUGCAGUCGAAUGGCGAUUACGUGCACAACGACGACAACAAAACAUCGAUCGCUAUUUAUGGAAUAAGGAAAAAGGCACUUACUAUGAUUACGACACUGUCAAAGAAGAACAAAGUACUUACGAUACAGUAACAGCAUUUUGGGCAAUGUGGGCAAAGUGUGCAAGUCAAGAACAAGCUGAAGCAAUGACAACACAUGGAUUACCGAAAUUUGAAGUGUUGGGUGGUUUGGUAUCUGGUACAGAAGAAUCUCGUGGUUUGACCUCAUUGGAUCGACCUAAUCGUCAAUGGGAUUUUCCUUUUGGUUGGGCUCCUCAUCAAAUCAUGGCAUGGCGUGGAUUUGAAAAUUAUGGUAAAGUGGAUGUGGCCCGUCGUUUGGCUUAUCGAUGGUUAUUCACUAUUACGAAAUCAUUUGUCGAUUUUAAUGGAGUGGUUCCUGAAAAAUACGAUGUGGUCAGUCUAUCUCAUCAAGUAAAAGUAGAAUAUGGAAAUGUAGGGAUCGACUUCAAAUAUGUUCCGCGGGAGGGCUUUGGAUGGAUGAAUGCUGCAUAUCAAAUUGGACUAAACCUUAUCACAACACAAAUGCGACGUGCUUUGGGAACCUGUACGAAUCCUGAUCUCUUUUUUGAAAAAACAAUGCAACGCGACAAACUGUAUGAAACCAAUCUUCGGCGCCGUAAAUCUUCUGAAGCUGCUGCAAAAGCUAUCACCAGAAAUGGUUCUAUCACAGCUGCCAUCACUCGUAUUGGUUCCUCAAAUCAUCAUCAUCAUCAUCUUCAACAACAACGACAACAAUCUCAAUCUAAUUUUACCUUUUUGGAACUCACAGAACCUCAUACCGACUUGGUCUAGUUAAUUAGUUAGUUGAUUUAUGAUAUCUCAUUGUCUGUUUUAUUUUUUCCUUAUGAUCAUUCUGUAUUUGAUGAUUUUAUAUCUUAUCAAUUUACCACCCUUCUUUUAGUUUUACUAGCAUACUCCUAUGUUAUAUAUAUACAUAUAUAUAUACUACUUUUUAUUGUUUGUUUCUUUUUUAAUUUCUUUUUUUGUUUGAUUUAUACCAAAAGUGGCUAAUAAAAAUUAGAAAAUGUUGAAUUGGAAAAAAAAAAAAAA